AUGUAUCAUUCUACCAAAGUAGAUAUGAUUGACGUGUUCAUCAAAUUUCAGCAGCAGCAUCACGGUGUUCUCGGUGUUUUCGGUCGUGGUUUCUUCGCGAAGCCGGUGAUACGAAGCGAAGAAGAGAAUUAUCGUUAUUUGAUGGCACUUGAUCGUUGA